GGCCCCACCGCUGACCUGUUCCCGUCUCUCCCCAGCUCCAGGGGGCCCCCGGUCUGGACGUACCCCACCCCCCUGCCCUGCGCCACCUGUCUGUACAGCACCCAUACUGCCGAGGCUGUGCUGGAUAAGGCUGGGGCAGGGACGGCUUCCCAGACUGUAUCCAAGAGCAAGUCCCUGCCAGAGGAGUCGAAGUCUUUUGCCAUGGGGAUGUUCCAGGGUCGGAUGAGCACGGAGCAGGUGUUCCCCUACCCUUCAGUGCUGACCGAGGAGCAGGUGCAGUUCCUGAAGGAGCUCGUCGGACCCGUCAGCCGUUUCUUCCAGGAAGUGAACGACCCGGCGGCGAACGACUCGCUGGAGCGGGUGGAGGACCGGACCAUGCAGGGGCUGAAGGAGCUGGGGGCCUUUGGGCUGCAGAUCCCCCCUGAGCUGGGGGGUCUGGGGCUGAGCAACACCCAGUACGCCCGGCUGGUGGAGAUCGUGGGUCUGCACGACCUGGGCGUGGGGAUCACGCUGGGGGCCCAUCAGUCCAUCGGCUUCAAGGGGUUGCUCCUCUACGGGACGCCCCAGCAGAAGGAGAAGUACCUGCCCCGGCUGGCCACAGGUGAGGGGCGCUGGGGGGGGCUACAUAAGAACGGCCGUACUGGGUCAGACCAAAGGUCCAUCCAGCCAC